UUAAAUUCCAUCUAUCGUCUUUUCUUUUAUAGUAAUACUCUAUUUGGUCAAAAUAAUCACACCAAGGAAGGAAGGAAAGAAAGAAAAGAGAAUGAAGGGAAGAAAUAACUUGACUUUUUGCUCUCCUUGUUUCUCUGCAUCGCAUUCUUUUUCAGGAGAUGAAUUCAGUCCAGGUGCAUCAAGUCUUCAAGGUUUUCGCGUUUUCUCAUACAAGGAGCUUAAAAUUGCCACCGGUGGCUUCAGGUCUUCAAAUAAAGUAGGAGAAGGCAGCUUUGGUUCUGUCUACAAGGGGUUCUUACAAGAUGGAUCAACUGUAGCAGUUAAAGUACUUUCAGUCGAACUUGAGUCACUUCAAGGAGAAAGAGAAUUCAUAUCGGAAAUCACAGCAUUAGCUGACAUUAAACACGAGAACCUUAUCACUCUUAGAGGAUGCUGCAUUUCUGGCGCUAAUAGAUUUUUAAUUUAUGAUUACAUGGAAAACAAUAGUUUGGCACUCUCCUUCCUAGGAAAUAAUAACACUCGAGGAUAUGAAAGCAGAAAAAAGUUUGGUUGGAAAAUGAGGAGAGACAUUUCAUUAGGAAUAGCAAGAGGCUUUGCAUUUCUCCAUGAAGAAAUCAAUCCCCACAUUGUGCACCGUGAUAUCAAACCUGCAAACAUACUUCUGGAUAAGAAUUUCUUGCCUAAGAUUGCAGAUUUUGGGUUGUCAAAGCUAUUCACGAACAAUACUUCUCAUGUGAGCACUCGUGUCGCGGGCACACUGGGAUACAUUGCUCCAGAAUAUGCAAUCACUGGUCAUUUGACAAGGAAAUCGGAUGUAUAUAGUUUUGGAGUAUUACUACUGCAUUUGGUUAGCGGACUCUCAGUAGUAGAAUUUGACUUAGAGCAAGGAGAUACAUACCUAGUUGACAAGGCAUGGAAGGAGUACAAAGCUAACAACCUUCAGUCGCUGGUGGACGCUGCACUCGAUCAAGAAUUCCCUGAAGAAGAGGCUACCCGAGUGCUGAAAGUGGGACUGCUUUGUGUGCAAGAGACGGCUUCUCUUCGGCCUCUAAUGUCUGCAGUUGUGAAGAUGUUAACAGAUGCAACUAGUAUGAAAAAUGUUUCAAUUUCAAAGCCCGGUCACCUUCCUGAUCUCAUGCACCUUAAAGUAGGCCACAAUCAUUCCCCAUGUAGUAGUGAUGCAUAUAGCAACAGCUCUACUUUUAAUUAGCACCAUAACAAUGAGAAUAUCAAAGUUACUUUUGAAAUUUUUUAAUUGGUUGAUAAUGGUCUGGUUGUAGCAAAUGUGAUUCACAACGGUUAAGGGUGAAAAUAUUUUGGUUGCAGCUGUCAUUGCAGUAAAAAUUCACAAUUGUGCAUCUAACUGUAAAUUUUUAUUUUAUGACCAAGGGUGGAAGUAGCAUGUUGUAUAUGGUUUUGCACUUCCCUUCCGACACCCAUUCCCCCAAACAAAACUGUAUUCUCUCCUCCUAUCAAUGUGUACACAUAUUUUUGUUAGGAUCGUACUAUAUUUAAUACAUACAUUUUUAUACUCA